GGGCCGUGUUUGCAAAUCUGACACGGAAGUUGUAACGCAGCAAUGUCGAAGCACUUAUCACUACCUCUAUCAGUACAAUGAAGAUGAAGUGGUAAGUGUCCUUUGUCAACGACAAGAUACACGACCGCUCGUAGCAAGACAGAGGAUGGUGGCGCGAAGCAAGGUUGUUCAAGGCGCAGCAAUGAAGGAUCAACGUCGAGCGUUCUUUCAGCUGCCGAUGCUGUCAACCGGCUUUUUAAAACUUUUUCUGUGUCUCUCCGCUGCGCAACAUCUGCGAGCGUGGGCUCGCACUUCCGGCGAUGGAGGACGACUUCGGCUUUUUAAGCAUCGCAAUCUGCAACAGCGCGCUGGGGUUAGCGAUACAAACCCAGUUGGAACUGCGGCUUCCGCCGCUUCUGGGACCUCUGACGACGGAUCUACUUCGGACGGUGCCUCCAAUGCGGCCGGCCAAACCACUGCUUCUGCCGGAACACCAGGUGCGUCCCAACUUAGUUCGGAGCCGCAGAUGCGGCCGGCCGAGACCGCAGCGCCGGACUGUGACGAGCCCGACGUGCCGCUGCGGCCGGGAGAGGUUCGCUGCAAGCGGCAGCCGAUCGUGGCGUCCCAGGCCAACCCGGAUCCCGAGGAGUUCAGCUGGGGGUUCUCCUACUUGAGCUACAUCAUUCUGUUCCUGGUCAGCGUGUGUUUUUUUUGCUACGUGAGGAAGUACGGGUGUCCCUGUUGCUGCGUCCGCUGGUGCAAGGACUACGCGAAAAACCGGGCGAAGCGCAGGGCCAAAGCACAGGAAAAGGCGAAGCGAAAAAAGAAGGAGGCUGGUGUUCUGGAGGAAAAGGGGAAAAGCAAGAGUGUUGAGGAGGACUCCAGUGACGCGGGAGAAAAAGUACAGGUUUUUUGCGGAUGAUCACAUUGCUUGUUCCUCAACCUCAGGCAUGUGGUGUGAUUAGACUAAGACUUUCUCGUGUUUUUUCGUAUCUAUCGGUUUUGUUUAUUUCGUGUUCGACGUCACUACAGGAAGUCAAGAAGCGGAAGGAGGUCGAGAAGCCCAAACAAGUGCCGAGUAGCGGCAAAACCCUGCUGGAAGAUGACCAGGACCAGCGUUCCAACGGCAGUGGCAGUCCUCGACGGAGCAAAAACGGCUGGUGGGCCUGGGUCAAGGCACGGAAGGCCUGGAUCGGACGGACCGGCGGGGACGAGAACAAAAGUCGUGACAAGAAGGAGAAGGAUAAAAACUUGGAAGCUAAGAUUUCUGAAGUCCGCGUUGACAUUGACACUCCCAAGAAGAAGGAGAAGGACGUGGAAAGCAGGCACAGCAGUGGGGGAAGCAGCAGCGGAGGGAAGAAGAGAUCGCCCCCACUUCCGAAGAAAGGCGGAAACAAGAAUGGAGCGAAAAAACACCGGCACGAGUCGUCGGAGGGCAGCGAGUGUUUCAGUUCCAAGCGAAAAUCUCCUCCACAGGAACAGCCAGCAGACGUGGGGAAGAAGCGACAAAAAAAGCAGAAGAAAGAGGUCGAUAGUGACAGCUCCUCCGAUCAUCGUCCGGGAACGAAGAUACGGUCGCAAGACAAAACGAAAAAGCGCAGAAGUCGGCACUCCAAGGGCGGGAAGAAAAGAGAACAAGCUCGGACGAAAAGCAACGAUGACGAUAGAAGCGAUACGUCAGGGCCCAGAGACGAUACUCCAUCAAGUCGUGGCUCACAUUCAAGAACGAGCUCCUGCGGAAGCCAGCAGGAACAGAAACGGCGAACAAGGAAAGGAUCCAAGGAGAAGGGCAGCCGAAGUCGCUCCGCAGCUCAUAAAAAGCGCAGAGAGCCGGUGCACCGCCGGCGCGAUGAAGAGUCGGGUUGCAGCUUAAGCAGCUUGGAGUCGAGGAGACAGAUGGUUGAUCGUCGUCGAGAUCGCCGGUUAUUUCGAAGCAAAAGCAGGCAUGGCUCCUGGGACAGAAACAGAAGCGGUGAAGAAAAAACGGCACGUUCUGACCGCGAAAGAACGCGGAAUCGGAAGCAGCGCAAAAGAAACCGAAGAAGUCGGAGUUUCACCAACUUUUCAUCUAGUUCCGAGUCGUCCAUUGAGAAGUACGAAAGCCGUCGAAUGAAAACGUCACAGGAAGACAGCCGAGGAAGAAGACUGCGUCCUGGUGGAGAGACGAAACAUCGUCGGGCCGCACGGGGUGACGUUGAUGAUGAUGUCAUGACCAACGGAUUUAGCGACGCAGACGACGGUUUCGGCAGUGCUAGUGUAGAACCAGGGAUACAACAUCGUCAUUCACAUGCAGGUGAGAACCGGAGGCCAGAGAAGAUUACGCGGGAAGGCAAUCACCAUCCAGUGCCCGUGUGUCAUCACAAACAAGCAGUAGUACCAGCUACAGCCUGCUCCGACGACAUACAGCAGCAGCAGCAGCAGCAGGAAGAGACGCAAUCAGCAUCGGCGGAAUCCAGUUUUAGCGAGAACGCAGUGCAACAAAAAACACCGAUUUCUUGGCAGAAGUCAAGCAGGACCAAGGCUGCUCCGCGUCGUGCAGACAGUGUCGGAGAGGAUGUUUCUGUGACGUGCAGUCGCGAUGAUGCCACGCUGGUGGAAGUCGGUGAUCAUUUUACUCCUGCUCGCUCCCACGCUCCGAGCCAGCCGACGAGGAAGCAGAACCACAGUACAGGAUCUGAUCCAGUAGAGCGAUCUGCUCGUGGGGAUACUUCUGUUCGCAGUGCGGUCCCGGAGAGGAAGAAGAUCCGGCGAGCGGAGCAAAUCACGAAAAAACCAGUUUCUGGGCCUGAGCACACAAGACCGCCUGCGAAUGUUGCACCGGCAGGGGCGGUAACGGCAGCAAGGUCUUUUACGAGAAAAGAGGCUCCAGCACCUGUGACACUUCAGAAAGGACGAGCAAAAACCGGCGAUGCAGGAGACGGACAUGCGGCUUUGCGAUCAACGAAGGAAGCACUUUCAUCUGCACCGUCGUUCCGCCAGGAAAAAGAUGAACCUGAGGUAGAGGUUCUCGUUCCAGAGGCGAAGGUCAAGGUUAAGCCAAGGAGCCAGGCAGGCAAGAAAGAAGGUCCACACAGUACCGCGCCACUUAAUCGUGCACGACAAGCGGCGACAGCCCGUGCACGACCGACGACUACAGACAAUCCGUCUGUGGGAGGCAAUAGCCCGACGCACAAGGAAAUAUCACCAGAUCCUGCCAUUAAGAAGAAGAAGGUUGCGCCGACAGCGGGUGCUCAAGUUGUUGCAAAGCGACAGGACAAGUCGAAGGAGCUUUCCCGAACGAAUUCCAAGAAGCGGGUUGACGCAAAAGCGGCGACGACUCGAGCGGAAUCAGAAACCCGCACGCCAGAUAAGCAUGCGUGAUCUAGCGUAUGAUGACAGUGUUUCAAAAGAAAGCGAAGCACCACCAUGGAUUUUGAAAGACACAAACGUCUGUUUCCGGUUUCUUGAGUUUUGCAUGUGCAUAUAUGACAGUAAGUUGUAUGACGUUCGCGUUUUUUUGUAUGAUCAGCAACAAAAAGAUUUUGGUUUCCAGCCAUUCACAUCAUCAUAUCCAGUCUUCUGAAACAUUAGGAAUUCGUGCAAAUUUUCGUUUUCUCUACAAUUUUCGCG